AGAACACGUGUCAGUUUGCUGUUAAAGCGUCGGCUAGUUUACUUCAUAGUGCCGUAAGUUCCUGUUGGUUUUGAGCAAUACCGACAGAAUCGCGUCAGCCACGCUCCUGGAAUUACAAACUAGUGUAUUAACGUGAAAGCACUUUUCCCUCCACAUCAAAAUGCCCACUAGUUCAAACUAGACAAUUGUUGAUGAAUUAAUUAUUUGGCCCACAUAAUUACAUCGCGGGGGUCUGUGAAUAUUAACUGAUGCACGUCGUUUGGACGUCUCACCCCAUUGGCUCAAUCAAUGCCCACGACCCUUCGAUUAUGGCAGUUACUUGCAUAAGGAUUAAUGAAACCAAUUAGGUUUAUGGGUCUGCAGCCUCCCGCAUAGAACGUGGCUCUGGAAUUCGGACGUAGACAGCGAGACAGUGCCACAUGUUCCCAGGAGAGGACGCUGCGGUCCAAGAAGCGGUAAAUAGCAACGUUACCGACGUGAUUCUUAAUUCCCUUUCACCCGGUGUCCCGGCCAUGACGUUUAAAGGCAUGGGCAUGACGUUUAAUGGCCAAAAUAGUAGACAGACCGACGAGUUCCCUCAACAACGCUAUUUAUUCGGACACAUCAAUCAUCAUACGGCCAAAAAGCUACUAAACUUUUUUUAAACGACCAUACUCAAGGAAAGCACAGUAACGACACCUGGCCAGAAUAAUAAUAUCAGACAAUAUUGCUCAUUUUCACUUAAAAUGUACGCUUAUGUUGAGUCCGGGUGCUUUUUGUAGGGGGGGAAUUACAAUUCAGAUUUCACAACUGAACUGGUUUGUGCGAGAAAAAAAAAAAGCAAACCAGGCAACACCAGAGAAUCUUAAGAACGGCGCAAGGGUGUUCACUGCGGGGCUCCGCGUUUGAUUCUGACUUCAGUCUGCAGACACAAGAGGCCAGACUUUAACCCUUUCUCAGCCGUCUUAUCGCGAUCUUGGCUCCGUUGUGGGAGCCGGUUUGGUUCGUUGGUUCGAGAGCGCACCUGAGCCCCAGUUGGCACCUGGCUGGCUUUCCGACGCCAGUUUUCACGGCACCCCGGCGGUUGCUUAAGCCCUGAUUGGAGCUGAAGGUCAGAGCGUCGGGAUGGGGCUCAUAAAGCAGGCUGCUGAGAUGGCGCGGGAGACGAAGCAGUGCACGGAGUUCGUGCAGAAGCUCAGCGUGCUGCAGUGGGUCCUCACCUUCCUGUUCAUGGGUGUGGCCUGUACUGUGUUGAUGAUAUAUCUGCUGUUCACCUGUUCACAGGUGUGGCCUGUACUGUGUUGAUGGUAUAUCUGCUGUUCACCUCUCUGUGGCUCUUCCCCGUGCUCUACACCAUCUGGAUGCUGAUUGACUGGAACACUCCUGAGAGAGGGGGCAGGCAGGUUGAGUGGGUGAAGAACUGGGCUGUGUGGACACACCUCAGAAAUUACUUUCCUGUGAAGAUUGUGAAGACGGCCGAGCUGAGCCCCAACAGGAACUACAUCCUGGGCUCACACCCCCACGGGAUCAUGUGUGCGGGGGCCUUUACCUCCUUCUGCACCGGCUGCUCCGGAUUCUCCCAGGCAUUCCCGGGAAUGCGCCCCACCCUCGCCAUCCUGGCCGGGCUCUUCAAAAUGCCCCUGUACCGGGAGUACCUCAUGAGCGCAGGCAUGUGUCCGGUGAGCAGGCCCAGUCUGGAGUUCCUCCUCUCAGGGAACGGUAUGGGCAACGUGGUGGUGAUUGUGAUAGGGGGCGCUGCUGAGUCUCUGGCUUGCUUUCCGGGGAUGAACACCGUGGUCAUGAGACAGAGGAAGGGCUUUGUGCGGCUGGCCCUGGAGUGCGGGGCUGACCUGGUGCCAGUAUACUCUUUCGGGGAGAACGAGCUGUUUAAGCAGGUGGUGUUCCCGGAGGGCAGUGUGAUGCGCGUGCUGCAGACCGCCUUUAAGAAGGUCAUGGGGUUCGCUCCCUGCCUGUUCAUUGGCCAGAGCUGGGGCCUGGUGCCGUACAGCGUCCCCGUCACCACCGUCGUGGGGAGCCCCAUUUCCGUGCCCCAGGUCUCCCGCCCCUCAGAGGAGAUGGUGGAUCACUACCACAGCCUGUACAUGGAGGCGCUGACUCAGCUCUUUCACGCGCACAAGACCAGCUGCGGCCUUUCUGACACCCACCAGCUCCAAAUCAUCUAGAGCCCCACCCUGCACCCCCUGCAGAAGGCUCGCUGAACCCCUGCCCCGUCCCGUGCCCCGUCCCGUGCCCCGUCCCGAAUCGGCACAUGCCACCAAAACGCCAAAUCUGUACCAGAGUUUUAAACUGGGGUGCCUCGGCAGUGGUCCUGGAGACCCAUAGUCCAGCAUUCUCAGAGCCCAAGAUGACGGUCCGUUAAACCAGAUGGUUUGUGUGGCCCUGUAGGCCCUGUAACCCACCUGGCUGCCGUCUCUUCAGGUGUCAUGUAAGCAGAUACAGCUGCGUCUGCCGUUCGUCUUAAAUGACCAAUGAAAACCCCCGUGUCUUUCCUUUUUAAAUUAUCAUCCCCUCCCAUGUGUAAAGUACAACAUGACUUUAUAUAUUCAAAAUCUCAUUCCUGAAGUGUGUCAAGAUUUUGGAGAUACUUUGAACAAAAUGAAUGUGUUCUAGGGAUUACACUUGGACUGAAUAUCUUCUAAGAGAAUUCAUGCUGUCAGGAGUCGCUGGUGCUUCCAAGAAUAGAAUACCCUUAAUGCUCAAAUAAGAACUAAAACGGCUUUAAACCAAAUCUUAAGAGACAGAAUGAGUAUAUUUAACUGCCUUUGUUGUGGUUUUGUGGUCAUGAAUAGGCUCCUUACUGUCACCAUCUGUCUUUUGGUGUCAAAUUGACAGGAUUAUGUGGGAGGGGCUGUGAUUGGUGAAUGCUGUUUCUCAUAGCCAAUCAGAACUUGAUUUGAAUGAUGCUGUUGAAGAGGAAUGUCUGGAUGCUUUUCUCAUUAGAUAUGAGGAUAUCUAGAGGGUGAUUGCAUCAUGGUGGAAGGCUUUGUAUUACGAGAACCCUUUGUGAUGGAAUUUAAAAAUAUAUUCUGUGUUUCUAAUCGCGGUUAAACACACUGGUUCUGUUCUGCUUUGGGAAACGCUUUACAGAUCCAGCAGUGUACCUAAUGUAGGAAUUCAGUACCACAUCUAACACUGGGAGUGUGUUGUGUGUUUGCGCUGUGUCUUCUGACUAGUUAAAAGCCAAAGAUCAUUCUGCUUCCCUGGGGGAGUUUCACCCAUGAAUAUGAACAUGUGUAAAAAAUGCCUUAAAUAAUUAAAUUAGACCAUCUUGCCCAUUUUCGCAUAAAAUGUAUG